AAGUCCAAGAAGCCAAAUACGACCUGUGAAAACUGCAAGAAGAAGGGUCAUACGAAACAAGACUGCUGGGCUAAAGGGGGAGACAAAGAGGGCCAAGGACCGAAACAGAAGAAGGGAAAGGAUCGAGCCAAUAUGGCUGAUGAAUCUGAAGACACACCUUUAUUUGAUCUUGCCCUAAUGGCAUCAAAUUCCACUCAAGACUUGAAUACCAAGCCAAAUAAUGGAUGGUGGCUAGAUUCCUGCGCAAAUCAGCAUCUCUGCUAUGACAAAUCACUCUUCUGGUCCCUUGAACCUGCAAAUGACAUGAUCAAGGGAGUUGGAGGAGGAACAGAGAUCAAAGGAAUCGGCAAGGUUAUCCUAGAAUUCGAAAAUGGUGACGAAACUCGCCGUGUUCAGAUCUCGAAUGUUCGAUACACUCCAAACUGCAAAUAUAAUCUCAUUUCCAUGGUCGCGCCUAGACAUCCUAUAGCAAAUGUGGCUGAUAAAUCAAGCCUGACUUGGGAUGAAUGGCAUCGAAGAUUUGGCCAUAUUGCUAUUAGCAGCCUAGAGAUCCUAAAGAAACAUGGAUUAGUAAUAGGACUUGAAGUUGACGAAACCAGCAAGCCAUCCAAAAAGUGUGAGGCCUGUAUUCAGGCCAAAAUCACUAGGAAGCCAUUCCCACAGGAGUCUGACCGAAAAACUGAGCGCCCAGGGGACCUCACCUACAGUGAUGUAUGGGGCCCAGCCAGAGUCGAAUCUCUUGGGAAAUCGAAGUAUUAUAUCUCAUUUACCGAUCACCAUACUCGAAGGCGCACCAUUCUCUUCCUAAAGAAGAAGGAUGAGGCCUUCACACGAAUCACACAAUACCUCUCUCUUGUGGAAACCAAAUUUGGCUACAGGCCGAAAGCCAUACGCUUCGAUAAUGGCAAAGAACUUAUUAAUAAGCAAAUGGAUGAAUGGUGCAAAGCAAAAGGAAUCGAAAUCGAGCCUACAGCACCUUACUCACCUAGCCAAAAUGGA